CCCAAUCCCCUCUUUUCCUCCCCCCCUCCUCUGGGUAAUAGGUACCCUACGCGGCCGCCAACUGGGGGACGGGUUCACACGGUUUGCGGCUGGUCACACCAGCCAGCCAAUCCUUCACCACGACGUCCCUCCUCGCGCCCUCCCUUCCCUUCGCUUCUUUUUUCCCCCCUUUACACCCACGCGCAGCUAGCUCUGCUUUUCGUUACUGUACCGGCAACAGUUUCAGUCACCCCUCACCUUCAGUGCUUCGUUGCACUGUUUUGUAUACCCCCUCCCGUUCCUACGCAAAGAAACGAGGAUCCAAGAUGCCUCCCAAGAAGCAGGUUGAGGAGAAGAAGAUUCCCCUCGGCCGCCCUGGCAACAGUCUGAAGAGUGGAAUUGUCGGCCUUGCCAACGUCGGCAAAUCCACCCUCUUCCAGGCCAUCACCAAGUGCAACCUCGGCAACCCUGCUAACUUCCCCUACGCCACCAUCGACCCCGAGGAGGCCCGUGUCAUCGUCCCCGAUGCGCGCUACGACUGGCUGUGCGAGAAGUACAACCCCAAGUCUCGUGUCCCCGCCAACUUGACCGUCUAUGACAUCGCCGGUCUGACCCGCGGUGCCUCGACCGGUGCUGGUCUCGGCAACGCCUUCCUGUCCCACAUUCGUGCCGUCGAUGCCAUCUUCCAGGUGGUGCGCUCCUUCGACGAUGCUGAGAUUAUUCACGUCGAGGGUGACGUCAACCCCACGCGUGAUCUGGACAUCAUCAGCGAAGAGCUCCGAUUGAAAGAUAUCGAGUUCGUCGAGAAGGCUCUGGAGGCCCAGAAGAAGAAGACUCUCUCUUGCGGCCAGAGUCUCGAGAUGAAGAAGAUGAUUGCCGAGCAGGACACCAUUCAGAAGAUCAUCGACUGGCUGAAGGACGGCAAGGAUGUCCGAAAGGGCAACUGGUCCCCCAAGGAGAGUGCAUACUGA